AUGCCUCCGACCGGGCUCCCCGCUAAUGCGAUGCACAUGUGGGAGUUCCUGGAGGAGCUAUCACAGUCAGAUCCGGCGGAGUACGACAAGUUUGUCAAGGAGCAGCUCGCCAGCGCAUCCGCACCCAACCAACGGCGGGUUCCAGAGGCUGGCUUCUGCGUGCGAGCGGCGACUGGCAAAGCUCGCACGCCACUGUGGAUCAACAUCUGCUCGCAUCCUGCAGUGAAGCCACCUUCGUCGACGUCGGAUGGCUCCGUUCCGCUCGCGGUUGGAGUGCCCCGGGGUGCAGUGCUGAGCGUGGCCGGCGCAGCUGAGGAGCGGGGCUCAGUGUGUGAUGUGGUGGUGGCAACCGAGGUGACGGCGCGCGCGCUGCGCGAGGAGGGCUUUCGUGAGGAGCUGGCGGCGCUCGCUGUUGACUGCGUCAAGGAGGUCCUAGGCCAGAAGCAGCUGCUGCCUGGUGGCCAUCCGCUUGCGCCCGGAUUCCGCUCGCUGCCUCCAAGCCGCACUCCAUAUGUUGGCCAGGCGGUCGCCUUUGUGGACGCGCGAAGCGACUCGGCGGAGGGCCACUCUGGCAAGAACGAUGAACUGGCUGCGGGGCUCGAGAAUGUAUUGCAGCAGUUGGGAGGGCUCGACGGCGCGGCGGGCAAGGGGAAAGGCGCCGUUGCGGACCUUGCCUCUCUCAAGCGUGCCAUGGGGCUGGGCGGCGGCAGCGGCGGCAUCGAAGCGGCUUCGGGCGCAGCAAACGAGCCGCGAGACGAGGCGACGGGGGACGGGAGCGGUCUGCGGCUGCCUGGGGGUGCCACCGCGCCGAGGGCGGCGGUGCGGACGGCCGCUGCGGGCGGUGGAGCGGGGCAGGCGGCCGGGCCGCUGGUCCAAGUCGUGGGCUCGAUUGACGCACCGCCGGAGGUGCCGGAUCACUCCAUCGAGGAAGUGGAGGGAACGCUGAAGCUGCGAGUGGAGCUUCCCAGGCUGGACUGUGCGGCCGGGCUCGACGCGCGGCUGAGUGACACCUCUGCGGUCCUGAGGGUUGACGGCCUGUACGAGCUCAAGCUCGAGCUGCCGCGCACCGUCGACUCGGGGCGAGCCAGCUGCAGGUUCGACAAGAAGAGGCGAAGGCUCACGGUGACAAUGCCAGUGCGAUGA